UCCUUCCCCGGAAGUCAGGCGGCGCGCACAAAGCGCUCUGCUGAAAGCGCGGGAGUCUCGGUUUGUCGUGGCUUAGGCAGCUGUGCCGCACUACCGUUAGAAGCUCUAUUUCCCUGAGACUUUACGGCCUUUCGAUGCGAAAUGGCUCCGGGCUAGAGAGGUGCAGGCAGUGACAAUGCGGGUGCUGCUGCGACUGCGACCUCAGGCUGCCUGUAGGGAAGGAGCCUGAGGGCCCUCGCGGUCGUUUGGGCCUUUGCUUUCUUCCUGUGCAGGGACACUGCAGAACUGCAGAGAUGAGCUUGUCCUGGGUCACCGCUUUCGAGAAGGAGCAUCUUUGGAUGUAUCUGCAGACCCUCGGCUUCGAACCAGGCCCAGCCACCACCGCCUGCGGAAAGAUCUUGUCACACACCCACCUUGGAGUAAACAUGUUCGACAAGCUGAAUCGUGAUGCCUUUCAGAUAGUUUCUUACUUCUUGUUUGAAACGUUGGACCAGUCUCUCACCAAAGAAGUUUUCAAACUUUGUUGGCCUCCAUUUGACCAAAAAAGUGAUACUGAAUUCCGGAAACAUUGCUUUGAAUGGUUAAAAAAAAUUUCUACUGAAUGUGGAAGUAGCUUUCCUCAAGUUGUUGGUUCACUAUUUCUUUCUCCUGGUGGUCCUAAAUUUAUUCAUUUGAUGUAUCAUUUUGCAAGAUUCGUUGCAAUAAAAUAUAUAAAAACCCAUUCUAAAGGUUCAUCCAAACAUUUUGCGGAGACAUUUAAUGUAAAGCCACAAGAUUUGCAUAAGUGCAUUGCCAGGUCUCAUGUAGCACGUAACAGAUUUUUACAAAUUUUACAAAGAGAAGAUUUUGUUUUACAAAAAUAUCAGGAAAAUGCACAAAUAUCAGUUAAAGAAGUACGAAGUCUGAGAUCAGAAUGUAUAGGACAGCAAAACCAAAUAGAAAAAAUGGAACCUUAUGAUGACCAAAAUGAUAUACAAGAGAAAAUUCAAAAGGUUCGGUCUUUGUGGGGCUCAGUGAAUGAAACACUUCUGUUUUUGGAAAAAGAGAGAGAAAUUGUUAGUUCAGUCCUUAGUCUUGUUAACCAAUAUACUUUAGAUGGAACUAAUGUUACUAUUAAUGUUCCAAGGCUCUUACUCGACAAGAUUGAGAAACAAAUGUGUCAGUUGCACAUAGGAAAUGUUUAUGAGGCUGGGAAAUUGAACCUAUUAACAGUUAUUCAGUUAUUAAACGAAGUCUUGAAAGUAAUGAAAUAUGAAUGUUGUCAGGCUGACCAAGCAAGACUGACAAUAGACCUUCACUUCCUUGAAAAAGAGACCAAAUUUCAGAGACAAAGAUUAUUGGAUCUGAAGCAUAUAAGGCACAAAUUGAAAGAAGAUCUUACAACUAUAACACAUUCUAUUGUUGAAAAACAAGGAGAAUGGCAUAUAAAGUGGAAAGAAUUUCUUGGUCUGUCUCCUUUCAGUCUAAUUAAAGGUUGGACUCCAGCUGUGGAUCUUUUACCACCUAUGUCUCCUCUUUCAUUUGAUCCUGCCUCAGAAGAAGUAUAUGCAGGAAGUAUUCUUUUGCAGUACCCUGCUUCACUUCCAGAUACACCUAAGCAGCAAAACCAGGAAAAUGAUUGCAGAAGAGCCAGUAAUGUAUUGGAAACUGUAUAUGAUUUAACCAACAGCCCUGCUUCUUUCCUGUUGCAGCCAGUUUCAUCAUCAGAUAGAAACAGUGUUACAGUAUUUGAAAAGGACAUGAAGAUGAGAACAUUUAGUGAGAAAAAUGAAUCAAUUUCUAAGAAAACACCAGAGUAUGAAGGGAAAGAUGUUCCAUCAUCAUAUGUUGCAAAGAAUACAGAGAGCAGUGCAUUUGGAGAGCCUCUGCCUGUUAAAAAAAUCGAUCCAUUCCAAAAAGAACAAGAUCAUCUGGCAGAAGAGGUUGCAAGGACAGUUUUAUCUGAUUCACCACAGCCCUCUACGGGAAAAGAAAUAAAAUUAGAGGAACUAAUUGACUCUUUAGUUUCUAACCCAUUCUUAACAAGGAAUCAAAUUCCCCGAACUCCAGAAAAGCUGAUUAGUGAUAUUAGGACCUCGUGGAGAAAAGCUGUUGAAAUGGAAGAUAACCGAAGUACAGAACCAAUUCAAAUGGAUACUGAACAUAAAGAAGGUUUGCCAGAAUCCUUACCCAUGCAUAAUCAACGAGAAUUUAGCAUGGCCAGUUGUUUCUCAACAACCUCUGUAUCCGAUGAUAGCCAUUCUUAUUUGCCUGAAGAAAAAGUUGUUUCAGAUUGUCUCAAGUGUGUGCCUCAGAAACAUGUGGUGACCAGUCACGUAGGUGAAUCAACAACACAAUGCCAGUCAGAUAUGUUAAAUAAGAAAACCUUUUGCAAGCAAGAUUUGGAGUGUGUGACUUUACAGAACAGGCUUCGCCAAACAGAGAUGUUCUCUCCUGCUGUAAGCAAUAGGAGAGACAUGAUAGGUAGGAAUGAAGGUGGUGAGUAUAUUAAAAUAUCAGACUACUCUGAUAUGCCUUCUAGGCAUACAAGUAUGUUAUGGAACUCUUUUCAAAUAUCAAGUGGAAUUAGUUCCAGCAGUUUUAAGGAUAUUGACUUUAGUAUAUUACAUGAAACACUUCCAGAAGAAGUUGGUCACUUAAGCCUUAAUAGCUCCAGUAGUACAGAGGCCAAUUUUAAACAGGAACUAAUUAGCCCAGUGCACAGUGGCGUUUCCCCAGAAGAUGAGGGAGAAAGACAGACACCUCCAAAAUCAGACUCCAGUUUACAAGCUCUUUACAGUAGAUAUGAGGUUCUGAAAAAAUCUCUUAUCAAGAAAGGGGAAGAAACUUACCUCUCUAAUUUUGAAACACCUGGAAGGCACAAACCAGAAUUGAGCCCUGUUACUCAAAACAUACAAACAGAUGAUAUGCUUAACUUUUUGGACACUCAGGAUUUGCACACUGAUUAUACAAAACCGUCUUUAUGCAUGUCCCUUGGUGAAAGAAAAAGGUCUCUUUCACCACUAAUUAAGUUUUCUCCAGUGGAACAAAGAUCGAGGACCACAAUACCAUUAGAACUUCUGCCUAAUUUAAAAGAAGAAGAAAUCUUGAAUAAGAGCCUGGAUACAAAAGAAUCUCCGUCUAACUUGAAGAGAUGAAGCAGUAGCCCAGUUAAUUUAAUUAUGAUGCACAUUUCAAUCGAAGAAAGUUGAUUUAAAAACUGACUUAUAGUUUAAAUACACACUGGAAGUGUAACUCUUUUUCGAGUCUAAAAAGUCUUAAAUAAUUCCUUUUAGCCUCUUCUUAUGUUUUUAGGUAAGGAGAGUGUGUUUGUAUUUUCCCUUUGUAUGGAUAUGGGGUUGAAAUGUGAAGAAUUUGGAAAGUAAACAUCAAGUUAUGUAAAGCCAUGUUGAUUUCUUGAAAAAUCUUGCAAACAUUAAGAAAAUGGCAAAGUAGUAGUUUAAUUUAUUAUGCUAUAAUUUCAGUUAAUAUAAGGAUGAGUAGUUUUUGAUGUAUUUUUAGUAAGUGGUUAAAUACACUGAUCUUUCAUUUUAGGGAAAUAUACAACUUUUAUUGUUUCUUAAUGGAACAUUCUGGUAUUGACCCCUCCCCCCCCCCCAAGGGAAAAAAAAAGUGAGAACAGUAGUGCCUUGAAAUGUGUAGUCAAAAGGACAAAAUUUUAGUUUGGAAAGAUCUAAGCAAGCUUAAUGAUGGAUUAUUCAAGUAGGUUCGUUCUGAAAAAUAAUGUUUCAUGGAAUAAAGCGCAUGGGAUAAGUGAAGACCCGGGCAGAUUGAAUUUAGUGAAAAGGAAAAAGAUGGAAGAGGAUGACUAGACACUUAAGGAAUGUUACCAAACUAAAUCCAUUCACUGGGUUGUAUAGCAGAUUUAUAUUUAGUCUAAUUUAGACUUUGAUAAUUUAAUUUAACCCCAGUUUUAUAUUUUAACAGAAAAGAAUGUAAAUGAAAAUCA